AUGAUUUCACGCCAGGAAGUUAUCGAAAAAAAAAGUAUUAUAGUUUCUGAGUUCAGGAGCGAUGAGGAGUCAGAUACUCAAGAUUUUGUUGAUAGUAACGAUGCCUUGCAAGCAACAAAUAUCAAGUCGGAACUACCAAAGAAAUUUUCACUUUUAUCUUCUAUCGGACAUGGUUUCAAUAUAACUAAUAGUUGGAUAGGUUAUUUAUCUUCAUUUGCAAUUAGUUUAACAUAUGGUGGUCCAAGAUUGGUUAUAUUUUCCUUGAUUAUUGGUGUUGUGUUUCAGUGGAUAAUUGUAGCUGGUUUGGCAGAAAUUGCUAGUACAUAUGUUACGUCUGGAGGUCAAUACCAUUACGUUUAUUUGAUGGCACCAAAAAAAACUAGAAGGUUUGCAUCUUUUAUUACAGGCUGGAUGUCAUCAAUUGGAUGGAUGAUUGAACUUGUUUCAGCCGUGGCGGUAAGUGCUAAUGGAUUAAUUGGAGUAAUUUUGUUUUGGGCUCCGAGCUUUGAAUUGAAUUCUUGGAAAACAUAUCUCAUUUAUUUAGCAUCUAUGAUCGUAAGUGUUCUUCCACUUGUUCUUUUCCCUAAAAAUUUACCCCAGGUUACAACAUUUACUUUAUUUUUCUCCUUGUUAGGAUGUGUGAUUACUUUCAUCGUUUGCUUGUCAAUGCAAACUCAUAAUCUGGCUUCCUUUGUUUUCAAUAACGCAGGAAUGACGGAAUAUUCAUCAGGAUGGAAUGCUGGUCCUGCCUGGUUGUUAGGUAGCUGCAAUGCUAUGUAUGCGUUUAUUGGAGUUGAUUCUGCCACUCAUAUUGCUGAAGAGGUAGUGGUCACCAAAUCUGUUAAUCCUGGAAAUAUUGUGCCUUUGACAAUGAAUGCUACUCUAAUUAUAGGAUUCAUGAGCGUUUUCCCUUUGAUGAUAGCACUUCUUUUCGGAAUGACAGACAUAGAUGCAGUUUUAAGCUCUUCUUGUCCAAGCUUGGAAUUGUUUUAUCAAAACACUAACAAUAAAGCUGUGGCUACUUUUUUACAAGUCUGGUUGACUAUUGUUCUUUUCUGUGCUUCCAUCGGGGGGUGGGUUACUAACUCAAGAUUAACUUACGUAUUGGCCCGUGAUAAUGCUAUGCCAUUUUCAAAGUAUUUUCAGGUUAUUGAUUCUAAAAUGCAACUUCCUUUCAGAGCCAUUAUCUUUGCUGGUGUGUUUGUAACUUUAUAUGGUUUACUAUACUUUGCAAGCACCACUGCCUUCAAUUCUAUUAUCUCCUCAUCAGUAUUAGGUCUUAACAUUUCCUACGUUAUACCCCAAGGUCUUUAUUUAUUUAGAGGUCGCAAGUUCAACAUUGCUAGAGUUUUUGAUCUUGGCCCCAUUGCUGGACCAAUAAUUAAUAUUGCUGCCCUUGGAUUAAUUGUGGUGAUUGGAGUAUUUGAUUGUUUCCCAUAUUCCUUACCAGUUACUGCUAGUGGUAUGAAUUAUGUUGCACCUGUGUUAAUUGGGUUGUUUGUUAUUUUGAUUUUAUUGUGGUUUCUUCUUGGUAAAGGUUUUGCCGGGCCAGAAGUUGAUCUGAAAAAACUCAAUGCACUUAACAAAAAUUGUAUAGAAAGUGAGCAAUUAGCUCAUGAAGGUAAAGGAAGAUUCCUUUGGUUCUUUUGGAUAUAA